ACAAGCACAUGCUGAAAGCAGGAUGGCGCUUGAUAUGAGGAAAAAUCAAGAUGCACUUAUCAAGGCAUAUCGGGCUGUUGUGGACGACAAGUCGGAAACGGAUUGGGUGAUAUUUGGAUAUGAAGGUCAAUCAUCAACCCUCAAAUUAAUCGGAAAAGGAGAUGAGGGUAUUGGGGAGAUGGUGGAUGACUUGAAUAGUUCAAAGAUAAUGUAUGCUUAUUGUAAGGUGAUGGACCCAAACACCAACCUACCCAAGUAUGUCCUCAUCAAUUGGCAAGGGGAAGCUGCUCCAGAAUCGAUGAAGUUUAAAUGUGCCAAUCAUGUGCGGGAUGUAUCUGGCUUUCUCAAGCCAGUUCACGUGACGAUUCAGGCACGAAGCGAGGAUGAUGUGGAUGAAGACAUCAUUGUUGGCAAGGUUUCUAAGGCGUCAGGAGCCAACUACAGUAUCCAUGAUGAGAAACCUAAGAAACCAGUGAAGGAUGGCCCUGUGGGCUCGGUGUACAAAAGAGUGAACAUUGCCAAUGAAAUCAACACCAAGAAUCGUGACGAUUUCUGGGCUGAGGCAGAGAAAGAGGAACAAAAACGAAUAGCUGAGGAACGGAAAAAAAGUCUUAGUGAAAGACAUCGUGAUGUGGUGGAAAGGAAAGAAAGGGAGAAACAAGAGGCAGAGAAACGAGAGGCACAUGUACGUGAGCGCAUGAAGUCCAUCACGGAACAACGUAAGAUGGAGCGUCGUCUCAGCCAACAAGAUUCAGAAUCAGAGAAACAACAAUGGGAAAAAGAACAAGUAGUCGCAUAUAAAGAAGAAACAGAAAGAGGAAAACGAAGCGAAUUGGCGAGAAAGGAGCGUGCCGCAGAGGCAUCUAAAUUGACCACUAAUUCUGCAGCCAAUGCAAGAGCGUUGUUCCGUAGGAAAGAAUCUGAGAGUAUGGAUGAACCACCAUCACCAAACAGGAGAGGGCCUCCUCCUCCCCCUAAGAAACUGCGACAGCCAGCCUUCCUAAAUCAAGGCCAACAACAGCAAGAACCAAAAAAACCGAUUAAUUUACCGACGGAAAAUAUGGAUGACAAUGUCUUCUCACAGAAUCAGACACACAGGGAACCUUCACCUCCCCCACGGGAACCCUCACCUCCUCCUAGAGAACCAUCCCCUCCACCUCGGGAACCCUCUCCUCCACCUCGGGAACCCUCUCCUCCCCCACGUGAACCUUCCCCGCCCCCAAGGGAGCCUUCUCCGGAGCCUCAGCAGCCAGUGAUGAGGGAACCUUCUCCAACUCCCCAGCAACCGGUAAUGCGAGAGCCAUCACCUCCACCCCAGGUCACACAGCUCCCUAGGGGCCGAAACCUACUUGCUGAGGGACUGCCCAGGCGUCAGGAUUCCGACGAAGAAGAGGAGGAAAAAGAUGAUGAUUGGGAUGACAACGAAGAAAGUGCCCCUGUGGUUCCUUCAGUGCAUGCUGAUCAACCUCACUUUGAGGAAGGUGAGAUAGAGGCUUACCAACAAGAGGUGGAAGCACAGGAAGAAGCUCAGGUCGCAAAGAAUCAGGGACAGUGUGCACGGGCCCUUUAUGACUACCAAGCUUCGGAUGAGACUGAAAUAACCUUUGACCCGGAUGACAUUCUCACAAAUAUUGACCAAAUUGACCCUGGAUGGUGGAUGGGUACUGAUCCCUCAGGAAAACAUGGAAUGUUCCCAGCCAACUACGUUGAGCUCAUGUAGGCUUUCAUACAUUACCGUGUAAUUUUCAUCAGUGGUACGAGAAAAUGCAAACCAGAAAUUUGUGAUAGUCAGUUUCAAGCAAAAUACUGGAAGCAGAGGAGAUUCCAUCAGGAUAUACAUAUAAGGGAGUUCAGCAGUGUGUGAUUGAGUUCACUCACGAACAAUGAAUGCAUUUUUGCUGCGAAAGGAAUUGAGAUGAGUUACUAACACCUUCACUAUUUUUAAUUUGCCAUAAUAUGUAUCCAGAUUUGUUAGGCUUACCAGAAAAUUUUCUUUAAACCUCUGCCAGCAUAUUGUGACAAGCAGUCUUCAUACAUAGAAGCUAUGUAUUUUUAGCCAUUGAGAUGUACCUUAAAUUUAUCAAAGUACUUAACAAUUAAAUUCAUCCAAUCAGGAAUGUUAAUUGGUAAUUUUUAAUUAAUUAAAAAUAGAUUCAUUCAUAAAUUUUGUUAUUUAAACAAAUUGGCAAUUUAUCCACUCAGAAAUGUUAACAAUCAAUUUAUGAAUGAUGUGUACAAAUAUUUAGGAUAACUAGUGUUGACAUUGCUAUGUGAAACUUUUUAAGUAACAGAAUAAGUAUUAAACUUUUGAUAUGAAAUGUGAAAGGUUUUUACAUCAGAUGUCUCUAUUGCUGAUAUAUAUAACCUGUUAUAAAUUAAGUAUAGGAAGAAUACUUGUCAGGGUUAUUGGUACGCGGAGAUAAGUAUAGGAAGUGUCAGGGUUAUUGGUACGCUGAGAUAAGUAUAGGGAGUGUCAGGGUUAUUGGUACGCUGAGAUAAGUAUAGGGAGAAUAUACUUGUGUCAGGGUUAUUGGUACGCUGAGAUAAGUAUAGGGAGAAUAUACUUGUGUCAGGGUUAUUGGUACGCUGAGAUAAGUAUAGGAAGUGUCAGGGUUAUUGGUACGCUGAGAUAAGUAUAGGGAGAAUAUACUUGUGUCAGGGUUAUUGGUACGCUGAGAUAAGUAUAGGAAGUGUCAGGGUUAUUGGUACGAUGAGAUAAGUAUAGGGAGAAUAUACUUGUGUCAGGGUUAUUGGUACGCUGAGAUAAGUAUAGGAAGUGUCAGGGUUAUUGGUACGCUGAGAUAAGUAUAGGGAGAAUAUACUUGUGUCAGGGUUAUUGGUACGCUGAGAUAAGUAUAGGAAGUGUCAGGGUUAUUGGUACGCUGAGAUAAGUAUAGGGAGAAUAUACUUGUGUCAGGGUUAUUGGUACGCUGAGAUAAGUAUAGGGAGAAUAUACUUGUGUCAGGGUUAUUGGUACGCUGAGAUAAGUAUAGGGAGUGUCAGGGUUAUUGGUACGCUGAGAUAAGUAUAGGGAGAAUAUACUUGUGUCAGGGUUAUUGGUACGCUGAGAUAAGUAUAGGAAGUGUCAGGGUUAUUGGUACGCGGAGAUAAGUAUAGGGAGAAUAUACUUGUGUCCGGGUUAUUGGUACGCUGAGAUAAGUAUAGGAAGUGUCAGGGUUAUUGGUACGCGGAGAUAAGUAUAGGGAGUGUCAGGGUUAUUGGUACGCUGAGAUAAGUAUAGGGAGAAUAUACUUGUGUCAGGGUUAUUGGUACGCUGAGAUAAGUAUAGGAAGUGUCAGGGUUAUUGGUACGCUGAGAUAAGUAUAGGGAGAAUAUACUUGUGUCAGGGUUAUUGGUACACGGAGAUAAGUAUAGGAAGUGUCAGGGUUAUUGGUACGCUGAGAUAAGUAUAGGGAGAAUAUACUUGUGUCAGGGUUAUUGGUACACGGAGAUAAGUAUAGGAAGUGUCGGGGUUAUUGGUACGCUGAGAUAAGUAUACUUGUGUCAGGGUUAUUGGUACGCUGAGAUAAGUAUAGGGAGAAUAUACUUGUGUCAGGGUUAUUGGUACGCUGAGAUAAGUAUAGGAAGUGUCAGGGUUAUUGGUACGCGGAGAUAAGUAUAGGGAGAAUAUACUUGUGUCAGGGUUAUUGGUACGCUGAGAUAAGUAUAGGAAGUGUCAGGGUUAUUGGUACGCUGAGAUAAGUAUAGGGAGAAUAUACUUGUGUCAGGGUUAUUGGUACGCGGAGAUAAGUAUAGGAAGUGUCCGGGUUAUUGGUACGCUGAGAUAAGUAUAGGGAGAAUAUACUUGUGUCAGGGUUAUUGGUACGCGGAGAUAAGUAUAGGAAGUGUCAGGGUUAUUGGUACGAUGAGAUAAGUAUAGGGAGAAUAUACUUGUGUCAGGGUUAUUGGUACGCUGAGAUAAGUAUAGGAAGUGUCAGGGUUAUUGGUACGCUGAGAUAAGUAUAGGAAGUGUCAGGGUUAUUGGUACGAUGAGAUAAGUAUAGGAAGUGUCAGGGUUAUUGGUACGCUGAGAUAAGUAUAGGGAGAAUAUACUUGUGUCAGGGUUAUUGGUACGCGGAGAUAAGUAUAGGAAGUGUCAGGGUUAUUGGUACGCUGAGAUAAGUAUAGGAAGUGUCAGGGUUAUUGGUACGCGGAGAUAAGUAUAGGAAGUGUCAGGGUUAUUGGUACGCGGAGAUAAGUAUAGGGAGAAUAUACUUGUGUCAGGGUUAUUGGUACGCUGAGAUAAGUAUAGGGAGAAUAUACUUGUGUCAGGGUUAUUGGUACGCGGAGAUAAGUAUAGGAAGUGUCAGGGUUAUUGGUACGCUGAGAUAAGUAUAGGAAGUGUCAGGGUUAUUGGUACGCGGAGAUAAGUAUAGGAAGUGUCAGGGUUAUUGGUACGCGGAGAUAAGUAUAGGGAGAAUAUACUUGUGUCAGGGUUAUUGGUACGCUGAGAUAAGUAUAGGAAGUGUCAGGGUUAUUGGUACGCGGAGAUAAGUAUAGGAAGUGUCAGGGUUAUUGGUACGCGGAGAUAAGUAUAGGGAGAAUAUACUUGUGUCAGGGUUAUUGGUACGCUGAGAUAAGUAUAGGAAGUGUCAGGGUUAUUGGUACGCGGAGAUAAGUAUAGGAAGUGUCAGGGUUAUUGGUACGCGGAGAUAAGUAUAGGGAGAAUAUACUUGUGUCAGGGUUAUUGGUACGCGGAGAUAAGUAUAGGAAGUGUCAGGGUUAUUGGUACGCUGAGAUAAGUAUAGGGAGAAUAUACUUGUGUCAGGGUUAUUGGUACGCGGAGAUAAGUAUAGGAAGUGUCAGGGUUAUUGGUACGCUGAGAUAAGUAUAGGGAGAAUAUACUUGUGUCAGGGUUAUUGGUACGCUGAGAUAAGUAUAGGGAGAAUAUACUUGUGUCAGGGUUAUUGGUACACAGUGGUUUGUAUAGGUUUUAGAUUUAAAACUCAUAUAUUCAGCUGUCAGCAUUUUAUAUAUUUAUAGAGAUAAGGAUGUUGUUUUAUGUUUGUUUGUUUUUCUUUCGUUUUCAUCUGCCAGCAUUUUUCUAUAUAUAAAACUAAACUAGAAGUGAUAUGGUGAUAUGAUAAUUUUAAUAGGUCUAAUACUGUUGUACCGGUCAUAUACUUCCAGGGGCCGCGGUGGCCGAGUGGUUAAGGUGUCCCGACACUUUAACACUAGCCCUCCACCUCUGGGUUGCGUGUUCGAAACCUACGUGGGACAGUUGCCAGGUACUGACUGUAGGUCGGUGGUUUUUCUCUGGGUACUCCGGCUUUCCUCCACCUCCAAAAUCUGGCACAUCCUUAAAUGACCCUGGCUGUUAAUAGGAGGUUAAACAAAAACAAACCAAACUUCCCAAAUAUAGCCCCCAAAUGUAGCCUUUAUUCCACAUUUUACUUUUUAGUGAAGUGUACAAUCAUGUCAAGUAUUAUAUUGUUUUUUUUGCGAUUAUGAAUCCAGAUCUUUAGUGGUAUCACAAUUGGGAAAUAAAUCAAACAAAAGAGUACAUUCAAAACAGACAGUUCUGAUAUAUGCAUUCAUAUUUUCGAGCCUUGAACCUGAAUGAUUGUCAUCGGACUCCAGAUUCUGGUUUGCACGAUACUUUUGAAAACAGUUACUAUUUUAGAGUUAAGUUCAUGCAAGACGUUUUUUAUGCUAUAUUUUAAAAUGGGGUGGAAGGGUGUUUGCUGUAAAGAAAAAUAGUGAUCAAAUUACGGUAAAGUUAUGUUUUGUCAGGAUAUGGAGACAUUUGUGUAAUUAUUUAGAAGAUUCUGUUUGAAUAUUCUUGACCUUUUCAGUAAUGCUAUACUCAUUUUGUUUAUGAAAUACUUUUUUGACAAGUUUAAGUUUUGUUAUCAUGUUAAACUGCCUGGAUGCAGUCUUGUCAUUGUUUCUGUCCUACUGUAAUCCAAUUUACGAAUGUGUUCGUAGAUCUAUUUUAGAUUUCACUGAUGUCUAACUCCUUUAUUGUAAUACUUGGGAUUCUGUGAUUAUUUUGAUUGUGCACUAGUUUUAUACAUUGGUUCACUUUAUAUGUAAAUUCAAGUCCCAUUUGUUAAAAAGAAAAAAAAACUCUAGCAAAAAAAACGUAUUUCAUAGUUAAUAAUUAAGAAGUUAAGAGAGAAAUCGCAUUAAAUAUUUUUUUUGUUAUGUACUACACCAGUAGCUUGAAGUAUUAAAUAUAUUUGUAAGUUUGUAUUGGUAAUAGUUCUAAAUGCAAUGUUCAGUUGUCCAUGACUUACUGUUUGUGGCUCACAUGGUGUCUGGUGUAUAGGUCCGUUUGUUGCUAGAUUUCAGAUGAAAAUGUACUUAGAUCGUAGGUGAAAUUUUCACUGGGUUAAAUGUAAAAAUAUCCAAGUGUACCAAUUAACUAAUGGAUUUACCUGGAUAAUUGUUACCUGUGAAUGUUGCAUAUCAUUUCUACUUGCCAACAUGAUUAUUUGCCAUUUGCAGGGAUCUGUUUUCAGACUCAAGGAUGUAUGUAAAGUUGUUGUAUAAGAUAAGGCAAUGUUCUCAUGUGUUGUUCACCUAUCAAAUACUUAAAACUAUUUGAUGUUCAUAGCUGGAAAACAUUGAAUUGGUGCAUAUUUUUUCAUUGUAACAUAGAAAUGACUUUGAUAUUUAAGAUAAACAAACAAUAAUUAAUACUGUUGAUUUCCAGGGAUAUACACAUCUUUUCUGUUAACUGUAUAUAUAUAUAUAUACAGGUAAAACUUCAAUGUCCACAGGAUCGUGAAAAAAACUAUCCUGGCCGUUAAGUGAUAUGUGUACCUGUAAAUACAAAUUCUGUCAAGUCAGAGAAAUUUCAAUAGGAAGAUAUUUAGGUAUAUGUCAUGCAUUAUAGAUGUGAUUCUGCUAUAACCUGGUAUGAAUCCAUCUAAUGCUGUGACAAAUUAAGAAAAUAUGGUUGUUUUCCCCAGGGAUUCAAAAACUGUAGCUGUAAUAAGGCCAUUUAAAGGUACAUAUUCCCCAAAGUCAUUGCUGGAAUUUCUUUCUUCAAAUUGUCUGUGUGAAAGAGUGUCUCUUAUCUUUUCAACAAAUUAUGAAGUCUGAAUGUUUAGACUCUCACAACAGUGAAAACAAGGUCAAAAUGUGAUGUCGUCAUAAUAUACAGCAUGUCAUAUGAUGUAAUACCACUCCAUCUUUUCAAUGUCGUGUAAGGUUAAAAGAUUAUGUACACCAAACUUUAAAUAGCUCCAUUUUACACGUACAGGCCUAGAUAUGAUAGAAUGUUUCCUUUUAUUUGACUGUCAUACAUAUCAUGCAUUAAAUACAACGUGUGGAUGAUACAGAAAACAGAUCAUUUUAUUCAAAAGAGGUCAUAACUGUGACCACCAAAAUACGAAAGACCAUGCUACUAGCGAAUGUAUUUCAUGAAUAUAUUCAUUUUAUUUUUAUCUUUCAUUGCUCACAUCAACUCCAGGAUAAGAUAUAAAAAAAAUGCUGUUGAAAUUUUCAUUCAUUGAAAUAAUAGUGCGAUGCAUGUAGGCUGUAGUACACAACGUUUGUGAGCAGUAUUUGUGUUGAUUAUAUAUUUAUAUAAAUAUUAUUUUAUACAAUUUUAUUUUGUAUAUUGUGUUUGAGUUAUGGUUGUUAGCUUCAUAGAGCUUCAUUUAGAUUUAGAUUUUUUUUUUUUAAACAAAUAACUUUCAGUAAUGUUUACGUACUAUACCUGUUAUGUAGUUGGUUUUCAUUUACUAGCUUCAAAUGAAAAGAAAGGUUGAAUGAAGGCAAGGAGAUUGAAAAAGAUUGAAAGAAGAAAUGAAAUGUUAUCUUUUCUUUUAAUAGAAAUAUCUUUUGUGAAUUAUUUGGGCAAUUCUUGUGGAUGAUAAAACAAAUUUAGUUGAUAAAUCAUUUAAAUGAUGUAUAUAUACUACAUUCCAUUGAAGACUUGUGAUUUCUCAUCUCAAUACAAUAGUCAACUUCAUUUACAAAUCUCAAAUAAAUAAAACUUAUCUCGAGACAAACUCCUAGAACAUUGAAGUGUUAUUAUUUAAUAGAGGAUUUUUGGUUGUCAAUGUAAGAUAACGUCAGGAGGUUGUACCUGUAGUAAUGGCUGACAUUGAUUCUCGACUGUCGUUUAGUUGAUUUGUCGGGUGUGUCCUUGCGAUCUGCCAUUGUAUUUGACUUUCUACUGAGGCGGCGCCAGUGUAAAAUGGUUGACAUCUGUAUCAAGGUCAAGGUUGCCCAUUACAUGAUGAAGGGGAAUUUGAAAGAUAAUUCUCCUUCUAAGAAUAUCAUUCACAUGGGACAAAUUAUUCUAUAGCAUAGGUUUAACUAAUAUGUACAUUUGAUAUUAAAACAUAGGUUAAUUGACCUCACUGGCUAACACAAUGUCUCACAAAACUGAUUAGAAAACCACAUUACAUCUAUUUAUUAACAUAGCAAAUUAUUUAAUUAAUGUUCCUAUAAUAAAAAUCCCUAUAAGCAAAAUAAGAAAAAAUUCCUAAAAAGAAAAUUUAAUAUGAAAAAUUUGGUACCAAAUAUAAUAUAUAGCAAGUUAAAAGAAGAAUAUGAGAGAUAGAUGUUUGUUUGACAACUAUCACGUGAAGAAUUUUGUUUUGUAUAUUGCCAAUUCUUGUUUUGUAUACUUGUAUACCUAUGCAAGCUUUUUAGUUUGUUUUAUGCAUGCUAGAUAUUUUUAAUGCAUUCUAUACCGGUCAGACCGUGGAAUAGUAUUAUUUUUGUUGUAAUGUUAGUUGUAAGUGCUAGGAUCCCCGGAAUAUCUAUAUAUACAUAAAGGGUGCAUUGAUAUGUAUUACAAUUAUUCUUGAAAUAGAAUUAUCAAACUCCAUUUAGAUUAUGGCUCAAAUGUAAUGCGCUUUUUUAUGUUGUAGGCCGAGGUUUUUAAAAUAAACCAUAUUACUGUUUCUGUUCCGUUCUUGACCAAUUUUGCGCUAGUCUAUGCUGUUAUUAAAUCAGAUGUAAAGUUAUAAAUGAUACACCAUUACCACCCUGCUUGAAUCCCUGUGCUUAAAUGAGACUGAAGACUCAUUAUUUUGUCAAUUUUACACUAAUCGAACAAGAUUUGCUAAUGCUUCGACAGUUUCCUCAACUACUUAGAGAUUCUAUGUUACACCUGGUUCGCUGUUAACAGGUAUAUUAUUGCUGAUAUGAUAUUCUGAUAAGUAAUAAAGAAUAGAUUCCUUUAAUGGAUUCUCACAACAUU